CAGACUCCGCCUCCCUCCGGCGUGCGGUCUGGGUUUUGGGUUGUAAUGUAAAUCCCCUCCCUGUGCUCUCACUGUGCCUUGCUAACGGAUACUAACUUUUGCACAUAUAAGGGCAGCGGACCACAACUGAAACAACCGGAACAGACUUUUUAAGGAAAUAUCAUCCGAUUCCAAGAUGUGCAAGUGGCACAAAUUGUGUUAACCUCCCCAGGUAUAUUAGAGGUCCUACAACCACAGUGCAUUUACCUCGUAUGGAUUGUGAUCUAUUGUGCAGUUCAAUGUGGACUUUUCCAUCUGUGAGAAGACGGGCCAAAACUAUGCUAUGAUAAUUCAGACUGAUUACAUCUGAAUGAUUCACAUUAGGUGCUACUUUUUAGUACUGGAGUCGGGUACCAUGUAUCAAGAGCAAGAAUGGAUCACAUGCAGCUGCUUGCUUAAAAAAGGUUUACUAGUCAUGCGAAAGUUCCUGUUGGUUGGUAUAGUUUUUGCUGCUCUGCUACAUCUCAUGCUUCAUAUGAUUAUCCAGAAGAAAACGCUGCCCACGUUACCGUCAGACCCACUGAGAGAAUUCAAGACCUGCUAUAAUGAAAAUUUUCAUGUCAUUUUGAAAUAGGUUUUUCGAUGCAUCCCUUAAAUUACUUCCGAAAUGCAGCCUUCCAGAUGAAAUAAAAAAUGUUUCCUGCAAGAAAUGUGUUGUGGUUGGGAAUGGAGGAAUACUACGAAAUAGCACUUUGGGAAAGAAAAUAGAUUCUUAUGAUGUAAUAAUAAGAAUGAAUGAUGGUCCUGUAAUAGGCUAUGAAGAUGAUGUUGGGCAAAAGACCACUUUUAGACUCUGUUAUCCAGAGUCCAUAUUUGCAGAUAAAUUUCACUAUGAUCCUAACACUACUGUUAUCCUCCUGAUGUUCAAGCCGCAUGAUGUUAAGUGGCUGGCAGAAAUGCUAAUGCAUAGACGUGUAUCUACGUAUGGUUUUUGGAGGAAGCCUGCCAUGCAAAUGAUCUACCAACCCCAUCAGCUCAGGGUAUUAAAUCCAUACAUUGUCCAACAAGUAUCCCACAAUCUUCUGAAUUUUCCCACACACUUUUCAAAAACUGAAAAACCAAAGCAUCCUACAACUGGAAUAAUCGCCAUCACAUUUGCUAUGCAUAUAUGCAAUGAAGUUCACAUAGCUGGAUUUAAGUACAAUUUUACAUCUUUAAAUAGUUCACUUCAUUAUUAUGGGAAUGACACAAUGUCUGUAAUGAGCCAGAAUGAAUACCACAAUAUUUCAGCUGAGCAGAUGUUUCUAAGGGACCUUAUUGAACACAAAACUAUCACAAAUUUGACGUAAUACGAAGAAGUAAAAAUCACAAGACCUGGAAGUGGACAGUAUUUUUAUGAUCUUGUGGUUUUUUUUGUUUUGUUUUUACCAUAGAAGUAUUUUUGGCAGACUGUUGGAAUGAAAGCCAAGGACAAGAAACUACCACAUCAUUGUUCUUAUCUAGGUGUCAAAUAAGAGAGACAAUAGUGCAUAUUAUUAGUGCAUUUCUUAUUAACCCCACUAUGGAAAGAAUAGCCUGCAAACUGCACAGACUUUGUUCAUGGUAUUAACUGGAUUAAUUAUCAGUUCUGUUUAACCUGAACAAUUUACUUUCUAAAGAGCACAGGAAGUUUUUUCCCCCCAUUGGACUAAAAACAUGAAGCACAAUGAUAUUUGUGUUGCGUGUACAUGAUUGUAAUGAUAAAGCAUUUUGUAAAUGAAAUGCAAACAUGUACAAUACUUGAUUUAAGAUAUUUUGCUUGAUUUAUUAAUUAUUGAUCUGAAUAUUGACUAUUGUUCCAUUGUCUUGGGACACUAGCUCUUGGAGAUGCGCAUCAUUUUACAAGGGGAGGGGUUGGAUACAAGUAUUUACCAAACGUACACUGUCUCCAUAAACUGAGCUUUGGGAUAUUUUUUUUUAUUUAAUUUUUUUAAAAAGAGGGUAAAUUUCAAAAACAUCAGUAAAGAGUGUGUUUUACAAAACACUCAUGGUGUUCAGUUAUGCCUCUCUCAUAACGGUAGUGACCUAUUAUUCUAUUUUUGGGUCUAUAGGGUUUGCACUUAGUUGGUAUCUCAUCAUCCCUGUGGACCCUGAAGUUUCUUCCUGUUGUUUUGUGACAAUAAACCUGUUUCUAGAUUGAA